UCCAAAAGGUUCCAGAAACCAAGCCCACACUUUUUUUUACUGAAUCAAUAUAAAUCUAUGUAAAAUGAUCAUCUGGAUCAAACCCAUGGGUUUAUUGAUGUAUUUUCUUUAUUUACAAAGAUGUUGUACUGAAAACUGUGAGUAUGUUAAAUGCAGCAGUCAAGAGGGACGGAGUUAAACCAGGGAUGCAAACUUGAGUGCUGCAGACCAGGGAGCGAGAGAGACAGAGCAACUGAGAAGAGAGAGAGACGAUAUGUUUUCAGGACUGCUUGAUUAACAAUGGGCUUCUGGGGGAGGUAUCAGAGAGUGCAAGGCCAAAAGAGAGGGAGGGAGGGAGAAAGAGAAAGAGAGAGAGAGUGUGGAUGAAUGUUUUUGUGUAACUUGUGUGCAACUGAUGAUUCUCCUCCUCCUCUCUUCACACUCACACACUUCUCUUUGGAGAGCCACUGGGAUGUGACAGUAAAUCAGAGAGAAGAUGAUUCAAGGACCGGGAAGAGCUCAGUGCAACAGAAUGCGAGCUGGAUGCCACAUAAAUGAGUGAAAGUGGGGAACUAUGAACCAUAAAGCGUGACUGCUUCAGUUUGGCCUCUACAGAGCUGGACUCAAACAAGAAAGGUUGGUGAAGACGCACACGGGACAAUCUUCAGAAGAGCUUCGAGAAAGGUUCUGUACUUCUGAUGGAUAUCCACGCUGCUUUUCUACAUUUGGAGCUCUGAAGCUUGGCCGAUCUCUGACCUGCUGCUUGACCUUUGACCUUUGAGUAACCUCUUAAGGAAUCUGCAAUAUAACGUGCCAUGGGACUCCAGAUGUACAGGAUGUUCUGGAAGCUGGCAUUACCUGCCAUUUUGGCAUGGACCCUUUUUGUAUCCACAGAAUCCAAGAGGCCACGCCCCCCAGGUUCUAUCCCCUCCCCUUACAAGCUCAAAGGGAAUGAUUUAUCAUCACCAACCCACACACUAGCAUCAUUGCCCCAACAUACAUCUGCACGACGACAGAAAGGCAAACACGACAUGUUGUCGUCAAGUCGCGAGGCCCUGGUGGUCACCGAGAGGAAGUACCUGAAGAGCGACUGGUGCAAAACACAGCCAUUACGUCAAACGGUGAGUCUGGAGGGCUGCCUGAGUCGAACAGUCAUCAACAGGUUCUGCUACGGCCAGUGUAACUCCUUCUACAUCCCACGCCACCUGACAUCUCAAACUUCACAUCGAAGUCGAAAAACAUCCUCCAUGCCAGACCACAACACUUCAUUCCAGUCUUGUGCGUUCUGCCGGCCAAGCCGGAUAACCACGGUCACUGUACGGCUUCACUGUCCUGGGCUACAGCCACCGUACCGGCAACGAAAAGUGCAGCGGAUCAAGCAGUGCAAAUGUGUGUCUGUUAACGUCAAUGCUGCGUACUGAGAAGGAACAUAUAUGAAACAAUGCUUUAUAGUGUUCCUUUUGGAAAAACUGGGGCCACCCAACAAUUAAUGUGUGAAAUGUGCCAAAGACAACAGCUAAUCAGAAGACUGACCACCUUCAUUAUGUCUGGACUGUACCAAGUUUGCUAACCAGGAAUGCUUAAUAGCUGCCGAGCAGCGAUGGAACACAUAGCUGGAUUUUUCUUCUUUUUUUUUUUUUUUUGGACAAAUAUAAUUAAGCUGAGAGUUCAGUUGCAUACAAGACUGAAACCGUAAAUAACAUAUAUGUGAUUUAAGUGAACAGUGUUUGACCUUUGACCUCUUGAAAGCUUUUCUGUAACAAAACAUGGAGCGUCUGUAUUUCAGCGAUCUCCUGCUUUACCUCAGCAAUGCUAUUAGAGUGCAACAGUCAGGGUUCCAGAAGUCUUGUAGCUUUGCCUUUUUCAAAUGUUUUUUGAUUAUUUGUCUGUGUGUAAUGUCAUGAUUCAAUUCUUAGCUGGUUUAAGUCUUUAACAAAAAUGUAAAAAUACAAAAAUGUUUUCCCUGUAUGAAAAAUGAAUGUAAGAAAUACUUUCGGAACCAAGGCUGCUGAAAUAUUGGGAGGACACUGUUGCACUCUAUUAGUCUUGAUACUUGGAAGCGGUCUGACCACCAUCUAUCCUCACCAUCUUGUAUUACCUACCCAGCUUUUGUAAAUAUCAGUGCAAAUGAAGGACAGAAGAAGACAUGAAAGGAUGCUGGGUGACUGUGGACCUUAUCGACAGGAAAUUAUAGGAAGAAGAAGAAGAGGGGGGUGCUAUAUUUUGACUAAGGACAGGCUGUCAGUUGGGGAUAAAAUAUAUUUUGACUUUGAUCAAGCCCAUAAAGAGUUUGGGCUUUACUGUUGAUGAUAAGACACAAUGUGCACAACUGAGAUUCUUAAUGGUUUAAAUCUUUACCUUAAAGGGUUAGCUCACCCAAAAACUGUAAUUCGUCCAUCUUCUACUCACCCUUGAAGCACCCUAGGUGUAUGUGACUUUCUUCUUUCAGAAUAAUCCAGUCGGAGUUAUAUUAAAAACUGUCCUUGCUCUUCCAAGCCUUUCAGUGGGGGUGAGCGGGUGUUUGUUCUCAACAGUUGAAAUAAAGUGCAUGCAUCUAUAAUAAAACGUCCCUCACAUGGCUCCGGCAGGUGAAUAAAGGUCCCCUGUAGCGAAUCCAUGCGUUUUUGUAAGAUAAAUAUUCAGAUUUCAAACGUAAUAAACACUUUUUCUCUCACUUCUGCUGACUGUUGGGAACCGGAAGAUGUGCCGGUGGAAGAUGGAAGACGUAUGUGUCGCUGGCGCCUCUGGGAAAUGUAGGAGCAAAGGAAACAAAGUGUCCUUACUUUAGCAAAGGAAAACCAGUCUCCUCUUGGCUUAUUCCAAAAUUCUCCAACCUUUUUCCUUUUCAAAUCCUUGUUUUGUUCUUUUUAAUUUGUGACUAGCAUUUAGUUUUGUUCUCUCUCCACGCUCGUCACUAACCACGCAGCGCUGACGAACUACAAUAUCCAGCUGCACAUCUUCCGGUUCCCCACAGUCAGCAGAAGUGAGAAAAAAAGUCUUCUGAACUGUUGACAACAAACACCCGCUUAACCCCACUGAAAGGCUUGGAAGAGCAAGGACUUUUUAAUAUUUUUUAUAGAAUUUCGAUUGGAUUCUUCUGAAAGAGGAACGUCACAUACACCUAGGAUGCUUCGAGGGUGAGAAGAUGGACGAAUUUUCAUUCUUGGGUGAACUAACCCUUUAAAGUCUAACAGAGAAGUUUUCAUUGAUGACAAUAUUUAACAAAAUAGCAAAAACUGUGUAGAUAAAGGAAAUUAUAUGACAAAGCAACCAUAGAAAAUUUAUGAAUAUAAAAUAUAUAAUAAACAUGUCUUCUAAAAAUAAAUCUAUUAUUUCACAUUACAAUGUGAUUUUUGUAAUGAUUUUUUUUCUCUAUGCACUUUUG